CCUCGAGUCACUCUGUGAGGGUCAGAGCGCGUGUUUUAUGUACCUCUAUAUAGGCGGUGCGAGAAAGAGAGAGUGAAAGCUCGCUCAGAUGAGCUAAACAAAGUGCCCUCCAGUGAACAUUUCUAUUGUUAGUUUUCCGACACUCGCCGCAGUUAUUGUUGUUGUUCUCUGGUCAGAGGAGAAGUUCAGUGGACCGCCUACAAAAUGUUGUCCAAGUGGAGGGAACAGAUAAAACUGUUUUACAAACCUUACGCAUUAAUUAUAGUAUCCCUGGGAUACGUCAUUGGAGAACUGGGUCACUAUCUGAUAGGUGUUACCAGCAAAGAAACAGCAAUUGAUUUGCACUACGGCGACAUAACGUGCCAAUUCAACUCUACAACUUUAGAACUAAUUGACCUGCCGGUUCAAUGCGAAACAGCGACUACCGAAGAAGUCUGCCAGGAUUUGGAAUUAAAUGGCACGCGCUACUGCGAGUGGAACUAUAAUGGCUUGGGACUGGACUAUCAGAUAUUGGCUGGGCCGAGCUUCAUCGCGGUAUUCACGAUAUUCGGCAUCAUCCUCGGUAUCGUCGCCGAUAGAUUCAACAGAGUCCGAAUGCUGGCUAUUUGCACACUCAUAUUUAGCAUUGCAAUUAUAUUGAUGGGCUCCGUCAAAGAGUACUGGCAGCUUGUCCUUCUUCGAAUGCUUGCCGCUGCCGGAGAAGCUGGUUGUAAUCCGCUGUCUACCGGUCUAUUAUCAGAUUGGUUCUCAGAGGAAAAGCGUGGUCUAGUCAUGUCGAUCUUUAAUUGGGGUAUUUAUGGUGGUUACGGUAUCGCCUUUCCAGUUGGGCGUUAUGUUCCUGAAAUAAAUGCAUGGGAUUUGGGCUGGAGAGUGUGCUACUACGGUGCUGGUAUUAUUGGUAUAAUCGUCGCCAUUCUGACUGGAUUCACACUCAAGGAACCAGAAAGAACCACAAUCGGUGAAGAAACUAAGCAUGACGGGAAAAAGCAGAAAUUGUGGUCAGUAAUAUUUCAGCCACGCAUCGUCAUGCUCUGCCUUGCAGCAAGUAUUCGGCAUUGCGGUGGUAUGUGCUUCGCGUACAAUUGUGAUCUCUUCUAUCGAGAGUACUUUCCUGAUUAUGACCUCGGAUGGUGGUUGUUUGCCGUAACCAUUGUCAUCGGCAGUAUUGGCGUCGUAGUCGGCGGUAUCGUCAGUGAUAAAUUUGUUGCGAAGAUGGGAAUUAGGUCACGUGUCGCCGUUCUUGCCAUUAGCCAGCUCAUUGCCACUCCCUUUGCCUUUGGCUCUGUCUACUUUACGCCCACGGGCGCUAUGAUUACUCUUGGCAUCUCUUACUUUUUCGCGGAAAUGUGGUUCGGCAUCGUGUUCGCCAUACUCGUGGAGAUCGUCCCACUGUCAAUGAGAUCGACAACAGUCGGUAUUUUCCUCUUCGUUAUGAACAACAUCGGUGGCAAUUUGCCUAUACUCGUCGAGCCUACUAGCAAGGCUAUAGGUUACCGUGAAUCUCUCUACAUCUACUACGCUGGAUUCUAUGCCAUUAGCUCGAUUAUGUUCCUAAUGACAAUGUUUCUAAUGCCUGGUGGUCCGGCGAAGCAAGCUGAUACCGCUAAAAAUGUGGAGGGGCAUGACAAUAGAAAUUACAUCGACGACGAAGGUAAAACAUCGACGCUUGAGCUACCGAGAUUACCUGCUAGAACGUCUCUUAGCUACGACAAUUCUCACUUGUAAUUACGCGUGUUCAAUCAGUUUGCAAACUAAAAACAAUUCGAAAACAGAAUAAGAUUCGAAGCCUAUUAAAAGUUUUUUAUCAAAUAAUUUCAAAUUUAGAAUUAAGAUAAAAAUUAUACUUUGUGAAAGAUAAGUGUGAUGUGACAUUUGCAAGAUUGGAUUUGGUAAUAUUUAUUUUUUUACGAGCAAGAUUAUAUCUGUAGGGGUAACUUACUCGAUGAGAACUGUGAUGAAUAGUUAUUUUUAAGUGUACACAUUUUUUUUAAAUUUGUAGUUUUUCGAGUUAAGAAAUACUUGUACCAUACAUUUUUCCGUAAAGUUAAACUUUCUGAGAAAUCUAUUCGGUGCAACGCUAAAUUUUUGUAAUAGAUCCGUAAGUGAUAACGUUUGGUAAAUUAAUUUUGAUUGUAUUAUAAAACAUUAUAUUUUUUUAUUAAAUUUUGGUUUACAAUACACCAACUAAAUUUCAGAUUUUUCAAAUAUUUGUUGCAUAUAAAAAUAGAAAGUAAAAAAAUUUCAAAAAUAUUGGAUAAUGUAAUUCUUCAAUUUUUAUAGACAUGACGAUACUGAGGAGAAUAUGAUUUGAAAUGUUUUGAAAAACCAAUUUUGAAUUAAAAGAUGCUUUGAGUUUUUAAUGUCUUGAAAAAUAUAGAACGUGGAAGUUAUUUGCAGUAUUAUCAUUUAGUGAUUGAAAAGUUUUAUGUUCUUAAAAUUUUAUCAUUACAAUUGUCUUAAACUAUUGAAAUUCGGUAAUUGAAAAUUCAUUUGAAUUAAUACAUGUUGCAUAUACUAUCAUAUUUAGAAAAUAAAUUUAAAUAGUAGUACUAAGUUAAUGUUCUGACGAAAAGAUCAUUAGUAGCUAGCCGUAUAUGUCUAUUCUAUUUCAUUUACUUUUAUUUUAUAACAGGAAAACUAUUUUUUCUGGUUAAUCAUAAAGAUCAAUAUUUUUUGUACAUUAUAUUUCGUAAGUUGUAAGUUUUAUCUUUGAAAAACUGUAAUUAUAAGUUCAAGAGAAAAACACUUUAGAAAUGAUGAAAAAUUAGAAAAUUUGAUAAUAUACGAAUU